UUCCAAAUGCACUAGUAUUAUUCAAACGUAUUGUUUGUUUCGUAAGCCUCGUACCAAACAGUUUAAUACGAAUACUUGUAUUGUUACACCAUAGAAACGAAUAAUAAGCGUAGCUGUGGCGCCAUCAUGUGGUUAUAAGGUGGUAUUUCAGCUGCUGGACAACAGUGAAGGCCCAGGUAUAAAAUGCACGGCCUGCCACUGGGUUCAAGUCCUGGUUCAGACUGAGUGUUGGUCUUUCUGAUCUGUCAUGUCCCAUGUGGUUCAUGUCCUGGUUCAGACUGAGUGUUGGGGUUUGGGAGGACCGGGCGGUUCUGGCUCAGCUGAAACAGAAGCUGCAGACAGAAGACGGACGGCUCAUCCUCCGGAUCGAACAGGAGGAGUGGAAGACGUUGCCGGGCUGUCUGGUCCAGCUCAGUCAGGUCCAUGAGUGGCAAAUCCACCGGACCGGACUGCAGAAGAUCCCUCACUUCAUCACCAGAUUCCAGAAUCUUUUAGUUCUAGAUCUGUCCCGCAACGGGGUCACAGAGAUCCCCAGAGAGAUCGGGAAGCUGACUCGGCUCAGAGAGCUCCUGCUGAGCUACAACAGAAUCCAGUUUGUUCCUGAAGAAUUGAGCAGCUGUGAGAGUCUGGAGAGACUGGAGCUGGCCAUGAACCGGGACCUGAACCAGCUACCAGACCAGUUCAGGAACCUGAAGAAGCUGCAGCACCUGGACUUGUCCAUGAACGACUUCACCUGCAUGCCGGACUGCGUGGUCGGACUGCCGGUGCUCCAGUGGCUCGACAUGGGAGGAAACAGACUGCAGCACUUACCUGAAGACAUACACAGGAUGGAGACACUGCACACUCUGUGGCUGCAGAGGAACCAACUCGAGAAACUUCCAGAUAACAUCAGCAGCAUGAAGAGUCUGGACACGCUGGUCCUCAGCAGCAACAGACUCACAGACAUCCCCCCACUGAUGGAGGACAUGUCCAACCUCAGGUUUGUGAAUUUCCGGGACAACCCUCUGUCUCUCGACGUGAGGCUGUCCUGCAGGAAGACGAAGGCCGAGGACGACGAGGACGACAGAGAGAUGUUUGGACGAGAGUUCAUGCAGCUUUACAUCCAGGAGUCCAGAAAGAGAGCUGUGCUCAACAUGCACUGAGUCCACUGUUAGUAUCACUUCAUGAGCCCUGUUCUUUGUGUCAUCUAUAUAUACUAGUGCUGGGCAACUUAACGCGUUAUUAUUGCGUUAACGCAUUCAUUCAUGAACCCCGACAAUUAUUUUAUCGCGCGUUAAUGCAGUUUUUAAAAAAAUGCAGCACACACCGUUGCUGCAGCAAAUCACCCAAACAAACAGUGGAGG